GUCGCAUUUGUUGUAUUUCUGUUUGUUCGUAUCCGGUAAUUAUUAUUCAUGCUAGGCGGUGCUUUGAUGUACCCUACACAAACAGCCACCCCAUUGUGAGGCGGCCCGUGGGGCGGUGACGUGCCACUGCGCCAGCACUAGGUCAGGGCGGACCGUUAUAGGCGACGACGUACCUGCGUUUCUGGACAACAAGCCGACUUCACUCCCACUCCUCACCUCCCCAACGCCAGAUUCCUCCAGGGCCGUUGACACACUAGAAUACAAACGAAGCUGGUAGACGAACCAUUUCACUUGGCCCGCAGUUCAUUGCCUCACUGCAUCCCUACAGCCUCGCCACCGAAGCCGCGCCAGCUGCGAACCAACGCCACGCACGUUGCUAUUGCCUAGUGUCAUCAGUACAAUAUCGCUAGACGUCGUUUUACCAUGUGCUUUUAGCAAUUUAGAUCCCUCAAAUAACCAUCUAUUGAUCAGAAACCACCUUAUUAUUCGGCUUCAUCAUGGAUUAUUCGAGCCUGCGGGCGGCGGCUAUGCGCCACGGCGAAGACGAAGAAGCCGUCACUGUCGAUACCCGAGCCCUCAUCGACAAAGUUCUGGCCCGAUAUUCAGGAGAGUGGACGACUCUGAGAGAGCUGAUUCAGAAUGCCGCCGAUGCCCAGGCAACAUCUGUCACAAUUACGUGGGAAACUCUACCUUCGAUACAAGUUCCCCUUCCGAGCACAACCGAUCGAUCCGAACUUUUGAAACAUACGCUGUCAAACCACACGCUACGCCGCUUAGUCGUUCAGAAUGAUGGUCAGCCAUUUACAAAGACAGAUUGGGGACGCCUCAAGCGAAUCGCUGAGGGCAACCCAGACGAAACCAAGAUUGGUGCGUUUGGUGUCGGCUUCUACAGCGUAUUUGCCGACUGCGAGGAGCCUUUUGUUAGCUCUGGUGCAGAAGCCAUGGCAUUUUACUGGAAAGGAAACUCCCUCUUCACCAGGAAGUCGCAGCUACCCGAAGACCAAACAACGAAAUACACCACGUUUGUCUUGGACUACCGCAAUAACACAACACCGUUGCCCAACCUUCUUUCUGUUGCCCAGUUCCUCGCAACAAGUUUGACUUUUGUGGCUCUCCAAAAUAUUACAUUCAAAAUUGACGACUACGAACUACUUUCGCUGAACAAGAAGACAUCACCCCCUGCUCAGCUCGGUCUUCCCAGAGACUUGGAAGCCCGAACAAAAGAUGGCUUGAUGAAAGUCGUAAGCGUAGAGCGAACCAGUACGCAGAUUGAUGCAAAGUAUAUGAGCGUCAUUGGGUGGAAGCCUCAAGCUGCAAGCGCUGCCAAAAGCUCGGACACGUUUGGUUCCUCAGAGCCCUCCUCGUUACGAUCUUUCUUUGCCAGAUUUUCGGCAACAUCAGCAUCAACGGCCAAGUCUAAAGCAGCUGCACAAGAGUCCCUCGCCCAGAAGGAGAUUUCUGACAAUAUUACGAAACUGAAUAACUCAACAAUCUUUCUCCGCGCCACGUCUGCAUCUGUACAGACGAGCGUAUCAUCCAACUUCGCCGCCGAAUUGGAACGAGCAACGAAGAAGCCUCCUCCCAAAACAACAAAACUUGCUAUUCUUACUUCGUCAUAUGAUGAAUCUGCUGCUACCGAAUCAUUGGCAGUUCAAGGUGCUGUUGGCGGAGCUACAGACAUCUUCGCCUCGGUCUUGCCCAAUAAAAAGCCUGGUGGCCGUGUUUUCAUUGGCUUCCCGACUAUGCAAACUACCGGUGGCGGCCUUCACGUCUCAGCUCCCUCUGUAAUCCCGACGGUGGAGCGUGAAGCAAUCGAUCUCAACGCAAGAUGGGUUCGAACCUGGAACGUUGAACUUCUGCGAGCUGCCGGUAUUAUUACGCGACUGGCUUUUGUCCACGAAAUGGCAGACUUAGAUAAGCGCCUCCGGGAAACAGCAGAAAAGAACAAGCGAAUCAGUGAUGAGGUGAUACAGAAGUUUAUGCCAGAGGCAAUGCAUAUCUUCAAGACAUUCACCUUCUCCGACUCAACUCCUAGCGCACAAGUUGGUCAGAUUAUUGAAGAAGCCUUUUGGACCUGUUUCAAAAAGGCAUCCAUUGAGAUGUACUCAAGCCGCGGUAUUAUGCAAACAUCAUCUGUCCGCUUAGGGAUCCAAGAGCUAUCUGCAUUUGUUGAUACUGUUCCAAUCGUACCCAAGGAGUUGGAAGACUGUACAUUUGUCAAGAAGCUGAUUGACUUUGGACUGAUUUCUCAUAUCAUGGUUGCCGAUGUGAAGAAAGAACUUGAAGCAAAGGCAUUGACAAAAGCACAAGUGAUCAGCUUUAUUUCCUGGCUAAGCAAGAAGACCAUCACCGGCGAGCUUGACCACGCUAGCCGUGCUGCUCUUCUGGAAGUAGCGGUGGCUACCGCCUCUGAUGAGGGUGAUCACGGCGCAAUUAUUGCACUUGGUGAUAUUCGAACGUUUCUCAGCCUUUCUCGAAUCCCAGCCAAUAUGCCGUUGCCUCCGACAACGAUUCCAUUUGCAUUCACCAUGCACUGUACACCACAAGAGCUGCAGGCUCUUGGCUGGGAAUCUCUGGAAGUGGUGACAUGGCUACGUUUCUUGUUGGAAACGACAAAGAGCUGCAAAGAAGAUGAAAGUCUUACUCGAUCGUCCAAGUUUGCUGUCCAGGUUUUGACCAUUUUGUCCAAGAACUGGGAUACGUUGCCUCCUAGGGAUCGUACCACGAUAGUUGGUCUUCUAGACGGCCAAGCAGUUGUACCGACAAAGGCUGGCAUGAAGCAGCCAAGCGAUUCUUUUUUCCCAACUGUUAAGCUGUUUGACGAUUUGCCAACUCUUCAGGGGUGUGAUAAAGUCAAAGAGAAGUUUCUAGUUGCUAUAGGUGUACGCAAAACAGUCGAUCUAGAGACUAUUUUCAGUCGACUAUUGCAGCCUGGCUCUAGCGGGCAAACAAAAUGGAGUCAUAUGGAGCUCAUCAAGUACUUGACGUCUGUACAGAAGGAUAUCCCUGAAGGUGACCUGGUUAAGCUCAGACAAACAAGAUUUUGUCCAGCUGAAGCAGGGCCUCGAGGUAUGGAGCCAACGAAAGCAUCCGAGAAAAUGUAUCGCAUUUCAGAACUCUUUGAACCCAAGGAAUCCUUGAGAACACUGAAUUUGCCGAUUAUCCAAUGGCCAGGCCCACCAGGUAGUUUCCGACCCAAUAGUGGCGAAGCCCAUUUUCUAAGGUCCCUUGGCCUGAGGUCGUUCCCCAGUGUGCAAGAGCUCGUGGAUAUGAUGGCUUCCAAGGAUACUGCUCUCCGAACAUCCGCGAUGACGUACUUCAUUGCUAACCACCAUACAAAUACUUAUUCAAGCUUCGACUAUGCUGCCAGCAAGAAGGCUAUCUUGCCAAUCGAGGGAAGCAAUGACCUUGUGUGCCCAGGUGAAUGUUUUACCAACCCGAAAGCAAGCAUCUUGGAUUUCAGAAUUCUUCGCCGCGACUUACAUGAUCAUGCCAACAAAUUUGGAGUCUCCCGUGAUCCUCCAAUGGCAGAAUGUGUUAGCCGUCUGCUAGCACGUCCACCCAAGGACAACCAAGGUGCUACAGCGCUCUUUGGAUAUUUUGCUACUAGAAUAAGUGAGCUUGGCGAGAAUUACCUUGUCAAGCUACGCCAUGCACCCAUCGUACCUAUUGUACCCAAGGGAGGCCUGCUAAAGUCGUCCAAAGCACCGUCAUAUAUUAGCCCAUCCCGAGCAUAUCUGGGAACGUCUGAGACGUAUGGUGAAAUCUUUGACUUUGUUGACUUUGGCAACGAUGCAAAUGCGUUUUUGUUCCGAUGUGGUGCAAAGAACGAGCCUACUAAGGCUGAAGUUGCUCAAAUGGCGUGUAGCGAGCCGGCGCGUCUUCUAAGUGCAAUGCAAAGCCCAGAGAAAUAUCUGGACCUGCUCAAAUCCCUGGCGGAGGCCUCAGUUAUCCUCCACCGAGAUAAAGAGCUCUGGAGGAAGAUGAAAACUGCCCCCUUUCUUCUUGCGUACAAAGAAAUCUCCAGCCCUAGCUCCAAGUUGGUAGAUCUGGAAGAUGACGAAGCUCCUAUUAGGCAGUAUCAGCUUGCGCCGGCAAACCAGAUCGUCGUUCUGGACGAUAUUAUCAGCUACCGACUGUUCAAGGAUGAACUUGUCUGUGCCCCAGAGGAAGACGUCCUGGAAACGUUCUACCUGGCGCUUGGCGCCCAGAAACUAAGCAGCAUUGUGAAAGAAGACAUUCGCAUUGGUGGACAGGCAUUCAGCGACAAAAAGGCCGAGAAGCUACAAAAGCAUAUUAUUGAACGAUCCAAGAUCUUUUUACACGAAUACAGCAAUUAUCGGCGAGAUGCUAUCAAACACGACGCCAAAUGGCUCGAAAAGAAUCUUAAGAUACAGAUUGUUCACUCUGUUGCGCUCCGGAGAACUCUAACUGGCCAUCGACAGUCACAUACAGAGAAGCGUUCUGCAGCCGGCGCAGUUACCAAUGGCAACUGGACGCUAUAUGUAGCCGACGAGGGCCGCCCUGACAUGUAUCAAGUUGGUCAAGCAGUGUGCCAAGUGCUCUUAAACAGGCCCAACCAGCAAGCAUAUCUUUUCUUCGAACCCUUCUUGACUUUGGAUCUAUAUGGCUUGCGAGCCAGAGGAUACAACGUGGACCGUAUUCUGCGCGCGAAGGCUGCCGAAGCAAGAAUUGCUGAGGAAGAGAGACAGAAGGCACUGGAAGAGGAGAGAAAGCGAAUUGAUGAACGCCAGCGAGAAUGGGCCGAUCAAGAGCACAUUGCUGAGCCCAGGGCCGCAGAAGCCGCUCGCCAUAUUGCACAGACCCCUGAACAGACCAAGAACGCAAUGCCUGGUGCAUGGUCUUCGCCAGAUGAAUCUGAAAUCGACAGAAAUAUUUCCAAAAAGGGCAAGGGGCUCUUUUCUAAUCUGACCAGACGCCUAGGGUUUGAGACCAAUGAUGACGACAGCGAAGCAAAGAAGCAGCUAGACAAGUUUAUGGGAGACCAGUCCUCCGGACAACAACAGCAGCAACAGCAACAGAUGGGAACCUCGUCUGCAGGAAAUGGCAGUCAAUCUCAGAACGACGACGGUCGUGUCACGAACCCAGCUAUGGUGCAGCAAAAUCUGCUGAAUGCCAUCAACUCUACACGAGCUCAUGGAUCCAACUCGGUCUUCUCCGAGCCCCGGGUCAAUCAAAUUAAGGAGCAAGCAACAUACUGCGACAAGAAUCAUUCCCAGAACAUUAUAUUUGCUGCUUCUGCCUCGAACGGAAUGAAGAUUUACGUUGCAAAAGACCUCAGUGACUCUAUUCCGGCGUUUUUGACUGCCAACACUGCCUAUCUCAACUUGUUCGCAGGGCUGCUUAUUGAAAUUGGAAACAUUUAUUCGCUCUCACCCAGCGUCCUUCACAUCUACUACGACCAAACUGGUGGUACCAUUGCUUUCAACACUGGAGGCAGCAUCUUUUGCAAUUUCCGAUUUUUCUUGCAGCUCCAUGCCGCCAAUGUGCAGAACAAAGGUGCCAUUGCGAGGGCAGAUGCAGGUACCUGGUGGUGGGUUGUUAUCGCACAUGAGCUGGCACAUAACCUUGUUACAGCUCAUAAUUCGGAUCACAGUUACUAUACUGAGUCCUUUAUCCAACAGUACAUGGGCAAGAUGUUUGCAAAGGUUGCUGAAUGGACCUCUGCUCCCUCUGCUCCAACAUCGAACGCACCCCCUCCUUAUGAAACUCUCAACGAAUAGAUUUAAGCGGAUCCAUUUUUAGGAUCAAUGUACAAUAGCUGUUUUUAGAACCAUGUCCUUUAAAGCAUUGCAGUAGAAAUAAAGAACGAAUGAUUGCGCAUUGAAACAUCUGGA